GAUCGCAUCUUAUCAGUAGUUGUUGGUGCGAUACCGCGAGGAGCGCCACAGGCCAAGAGGCUGGACGCGGCGGUACUCGCAGGCAUGGUAGGACGUCUCUCUGCAGAUGACCUUUCUCCACGAAAGAGUGCCAUGAUACAAGGUUCGCAGCGGCACCGGGCGGCUCUGGCCUGCACACCCCUCACCAUGGAUGUAAACGUCUCUGUCGAGCACCAGCAGGGAGUUUCGCCCUCUGUCAUUGUCCACAACUCGUCCAUCACCAAUGGCUCUGGCAGCGUCGUGACAGUCCACGAUUCGUCUGAAUUGGGAAAUUUCACCAUUGGCAGUGGUUCUUCUUCACCAACAGAACAGGUGAAUUCACCAGGAAGCUGCGGCAACCAGCCCCAGGCCAUCCAGCAGUGUGCCAUCUGCGGAGACAGAGCCACUGGAAAACAUUAUGGGGCUUCAUCCUGUGACGGCUGUAAAGGUUUCUUCCGCCGCAGCGUGCGCAAGAAUCAUUACUAUCAGUGCAGAUUUGGAAGAGGUUGCAUUGUUGACAAAGACAAGCGCAACCAGUGCCGUUAUUGCCGCCUUCGAAAAUGUUUCAAAGCAGGAAUGAAAAAAGAGGCUGUACAAAAUGAGCGUGACAGAAUCAGUCUGCGGCCACCGAGUGUGGAUGAAUCGGUAGGAAACGGCCUUUCCGUGGCAUCUUUGCUGAGUGCAGAACGACACAGGGUUGGAGCAUCAGGCGAGAUUAACUGCGCUGAAAACGAGAUCUCAAACAGAAAAGUCGCAGACAUCACUGAUGUGUGCGAAUCCAUGAAGCAGCAGCUGAUGACAUUGGUGCACUGGGCUAAGGUCAUUCCCGCCUUCACCGAACUCACCCUGGACGACCAAAUGGCCCUGCUCAAAGCGCACUCCGGGAAACACCUGCUGCUGGGCCUCGCCAGGCGCUCCCUCCAUCUGAAGGACAUACUGCUGCUCGGCAACAAUUGCAUCAUUGCAAGACACCCUCCAUGCCAGCUAGACCCCGAAAUGAAGCAUCUGGACCUCAGCCAAGUUGGCUGCAGAGUCAUGGACGAGCUUGUCAAGCCCCUGUCAGAGGUCAAUAUUGAUGAAUCAGAGUUUGCUUGCCUUAAAGCGAUGGUGUUUUUGGAUCCAAACACCAAAGGGUUGAGUGAGCCCGCUAAGAUUAAGGCGAUGCGGUACCAGGUGCAAAUGAACCUGGAGGACUAUAUCAGUGAUCGUCAGUACGACCCCCGUGGUCGGUUUGGAGAGAUUUUGUUGACCCUGCCAGCGCUGCAGUCUAUCAGUUGGAAGAUGAUCGAGCAAAUUCAGGUGGCUAAGCUGUUCAGCGACAUUCAUAUUGAUCAGCUUCUUCAAGAGAUGCUUCUUGGAGGGGCAGCUAGUGAGUCUACCCUAAAUGAGCCUGCGGUUGCUAUGGGGCUUGGGCACAACUUCAGUGUAGAUCAUUCGGUGCACAGCUACGGACACGCACUGAGCUCGCCAGGAACGGACGUGGAAGAUCCGGGCAGUCCACCUCGGAGCCUUGUGCAGUGCAGUGACGUUGACCAACCCCAGAGCAAUGGGGACGUCUUAUUUUUGAGCAGCCCUCCACACUCGCACUCUGGGGGCCACUUCCAGGUUCUGAUGAGCACGUUCAAGAGAGAGCUUCAGCCCAGCUCCCCUUACUGAUUUUUGUACGUUGAUUCCCACCAAAAUAAAGUUGUAAUUAAUAAAGGAUGCAUAUAUUUGGGUUACAAAAUAA